GUGUGGUGGGUUUGGGUAAUUGAGUUAAUAGAAGUAUUUGGAAGCAGUAGGCCGCGGAACAUUUGUUAAGAGGAGAUCUGUUUUGGGACAAACGUUAAUGGCUACCUCAGAGGAAGACUCGCCUUCUGCUCAGUCCCGACCAGUUUCGAAAGGCGUCCAUUAUGUAGCAAAGUGCGUGCUUAAGGGAACUGCAGUUCUUCAGGCCGUUCGUGGACAUCUCCGCUCUUCUUCGUCAUUCGACGUUGUCUUUGGGAAGGAAACAUCUAUAGAGUUGGUAGUAAUUGGUGAGGAUGGGGUGGUACAGUCUAUUUGUGAACAGGCUGUGUUUGGAACAAUAAAGGAUCUUGCAAUUGUGCGCUGGAAUGAAAAGUUCCAUGCACCAAUUCCACAGACACAGGGAAGAGAUCUUCUGGUGGUUCUUUCUGAGUCUGGGAAGCUCUCUUUUCUUGCAUUUUGCAAUGAAAUGCACAGGUUCUUCCCAGUUGCACAUGUUCAACUUUCCAACCCUGGAAACCAAAGGCAUCAGUUAGGAAGAAAGUUAGCUGUUGAUUCCAAUGGCUGUUUCGUUGCUGUUAGUGCAUAUGAAGACCGAUUGGCUUUGUUUUCUGUUUCUAUAUCAGCUCGCAACAAUAUCAUUGAUAAGAAAAUAUUCUAUCCACCUGAAAUUGAUGGGGACACAAGCAGUGCAAUGGACAUCCAGAGAACCAAUAUCUGUGGUGUUAUUUGGAGCAUGUGCUUCAUAUCAAAAGAUUGCAGUCAACUCAAUCGGGAUGGAUACAAUCCUAUAGUAGCAGUUGUUUUGAACAGGAGUGGAGGAAUCCUGAAUGAGCUGUUGUUAUUGGAAUGGAACAUGAGGGAAGAUGCUCUUUAUGUUAUUUCUCAGUAUACCGAAGCCGGGCCUCUUUCACUUGACAUCGUUGAAGUGCCUCAUGUUUUUGGGUUUGCAUUCUUGUUUAGGGAUGGUGAUGCUCUGUUGAUGGAUCUUAGAGAUCCUCACAACCCCUCUUGUGUUUACAAAACAACAUUAAGUCUUUUAUCUACACCAGUCGAGGAACAAACUUCUGUUCAAGAGCCAUGUAAAGGACUUGAUGUUGAUGAUGAAGGUAUUUUUAAUGUUGCUGCUCGUGCAUUACUGGAGCUCAGAGAUUCAAAAAUGGAAAUCAUUAAAUGUGAUGACCCUAUGAGUAUAGACAGUGAAAGCAGUAAAGUGAAUUCUACUUCCAAAUGUGUGAAUGCUUGGAGUUGGGAACCAGGAAACUCAACACAUUCAAGGCUGAUGUUUUGUCUGAAUACAGGCGAAUUAUUUAUGAUAGAAGUUUCUUCUGAUCCUGAAGGCAUUAGAGUUAACUUAUCUGAUUGUCUUUACCGAGGUCCAACUUGUAAGGCACUUUUGUGGGUUGAAGGUGAAUUAGUUGCUGCACUUGUAGAGAUGGGGGAUGGGAUGGUCUUAAAGUUGGAAAAUGGAAAGCUAGUUUAUAGUAGCCCUAUUCAAAACAUUGCUCCAAUAUUGGACAUGACAGUUGUGGAUUACCAUGAUGAAAACCAAGACCAGAUUUUUGCCUGCUGUGGAAAGGCUCCUGAGGGAUCACUAAGGGUUAUUCGUAGUGGUAUCAGUGUAGAAAAGCUUUUGAGAACUGCUCCAAUUUACCAAGGCAUUACUGGUACAUGGACUAUGAGAAUGAAAGUAACCGAUCGUUAUCAUUCCUUUUUAGUGCUAUCAUUCGUUGAAGAGACUAGGGUGCUAUCAGUUGGUGUAAGCUUUACUGAUGUGACCGAAGCAGUUGGUUUCCAGCCUGAUGUCUGCACUUUAGCAUGUGGUCUUGUGGGUGAUGGCUUGCUGGUCCAAAUCCAUGGAAAUGCAGUGAGACUUUGUUUGCCAACAGUUGCGGCUCAUCCUGAAGGCAUCUUUUUAUCUGCUGCGAUUUGUACGUCAUGGUCCCCUGAUAAAGCAAGUAUCAGUUCAGGGGCAGUUGGACAUAGUUUGAUAAUUGUGGCUACUUCUAAUCCCUGCUUCUUGUAUAUUCUUGGGGUCAGGUCAUUAUCAGCGUAUCGUUAUGAAAUAUAUGAAAUGCAACAUGUGAAGCUGCAAAAUGAGUUAUCCUGCAUAGCUAUACCACAAAAAAGAUUUGAAUGCAAACCACCAACUUUAAAUAUGGGUGAUAAUAGUCGUGAGGUUGCCACACCAGCUGGGGUUGAGAUUGGUAAUUCUUUUGUUAUUGGUACACAUAAACCUUCAGUUGAAAUUCUGUCGUUUGUACCUAAAGAAGGCAUACGAGUCCUUGCUAGAGGGGUUGUUUCCCUGACCAAUACACUAGGAACUGCUAUCAGUGGGUGUGUCCCUCAAGAUGUGAGGCUUGUGUUGGUUGAUCGACUUUAUAUCCUUGCGGGUUUGAGAAAUGGAAUGCUUCUUAGGAUGGAGUGGCCUGCUACAUCCAUGGCAUUUCCAUCAGAAUUGCCUAACCAAAGCCCUUUCAUUCCUUCAUGCUUUGGAAAUGUGGAUGCUGUUCCUUCAAGUAUGGCCACACCAGCUUUGGUUGGGCAGCAAUAUUGUGCCAGUAACGAGGGUCAAAGAGCAGGGGACAAUGUUCCCGUUGAUCUACAAUUAAUUGCCAUCCGUCGGAUAGGAAUUACUCCUGUUUUCCUGGUUCCUUUGAGUGAUUCUCUUGAUGCAGAUAUAAUUGCUCUUAGUGACAGGCCUUGGUUAUUGCAAACUGCAAGGCGCAGUCUCUCAUAUACGUCUAUCUCAUUCCAACCUGCAACUCAUGUCACCCCUGUUUGUUCUAUGGAGUGCCCUAAGGGAAUUUUAUUUGUUGCAGAGAACAGCCUUCAUUUGGUGGAGAUGGUUCACUGUAAGAGGCUUAAUGUCCAGAAGUUUUAUCUUGGAGGUACUCCUCGGAAGGUCUUAUAUCACAGUGAAAGCAGAUUAUUACUUGUUAUGAGGACAGACCUAAACACGGAGUCAAGUUCAUCUGACAUUUGCUGCGUAGAUCCUCUUAGUGGUUCAGUUCUUUCAACGUACAAGCUUGAACCUGGAGAAACUGGAAAAUCUAUGCAGUUAGUGAAGGUUGCAAAUGAACAAGUCUUGGUGGUUGGGACCAGUCUGUCUACUGGAAGAGCUAUAAUGCCCAGUGGGGAAGCUGAAAGUACCAAGGGGCGUCUACUUGUCCUCUGCCUUGAGCAUACACAAAAUUCUGCUAGCAGUUCAUGGAUUUUUUGUUCCAAGACAAGUUCAUCUACUCAACUAACGUCACCAUUUCGUGAAAUAGUUGGGUAUGCCACUGAACAACUUUCAAGCAGUAGCCUUUGCAGUAGCCCUGAUGAUAAUAGCUGUGAGGGAGUUAAACUUGAAGAAUCUGAAGCAUGGCAGUGGCGUGUAGCUUACCAAACCAAUAUGCCUGGAAUGGUACUUUCUGUAUGUCCAUAUCUCGACCGUUACUUCUUGGUGUCUGCUGGUAAUAUUUUUUAUGUAUAUGGCUUUUUGAAUGAGAAUCCUCAGCGGGUGAGAAAGUUUGCUUUGGGGAGGACACGCUUUGCAAUAACAUGUUUAACCACCCAAUUUACAAGGAUUGCAGUUGGUGAUUGCCGUGACGGAAUUCUUUUCUAUUCCUAUCAAGAGGAUCUCAGAAAACUGGAGCAGCUCUACUGUGAUCCAAUGCAGAGAUUAGUUGCGGACUGUACUCUAAUGGACAUGGACACUGCUUUUGUCUCAGAUCGUAAGGGGAGCAUUGCUGUCUUGUCAUGUACAAACCAUUUAGAAGAUAAUGCAAGCCCUGAGUGCAACUUAACUCUAAGUUGUUCAUAUUACAUAGGGGAGAUAGCCAUGAGCAUCACAAAGGGCUCAUUUUCAUACAAACUUCCAGCAGAUGAUGUAUUGAAGGGCUAUGAUAGUACUAACACAAUCAUGGAUUUGGCCCACAACACUAUCGUGGCUAGUACACUGUUAGGAAGUGUAAUGAUCUUCAUCCCUAUUACAAGGGAAGAACAUGAGCUAUUGGAAGCAGUACAAGCUAGACUUGUCGUUCACCCACUGACUUCUCCUAUCCUUGGAAAUGACCAUAGUGAGUUCCGAGGCCGUGAAUCACUGGCUAAUGUACCCAAGAUGCUUGACGGGGACAUGCUUGCCCAGUUCUUGGAGCUUACAAGUAUGCAACAAGAAGCUGUCCUGGUAUCAUCAUUUGGCUUGAUGGAUGUGGGAUCUUCAAGUUCAAAGCCACCUUCUCGGUCACCCAUCCCUGUCAAUAAGGUUGUCCAGUUGCUUGAACGACUUCAUUACGCCCUUAACUAAGCAUUAAACGGCAAAAGAUUUGCUCUUUUCAACCCUCAGUUGUACACAUUUUGCUCAAGCAAGGAAAGUUAGCAAAGAUCUCAUGAGCCAUUGUACUAUGUACAUCUCCAUGUGUGGCAGCAAGAGGAUUACUCCUAGUAAUUAUAGGAGCUGCAAUUUGGAAUAACUGUUCAUAAAGUCGGGUUUCUACCUGCAAUCACCAGGACCUUCAUGCGGCUGCUGAUAGGAGAAUGAAUGUGUAUGAUUGCACUGUCUAUUUGUAACCAGAAAAACUUAUUGGAUGAAGAGAUUAUACUCGGUUGAAUGCCUUCCCUGUAGAAGAAUCAAUGGCAAUCUCAACCUAAAAUUGGGCAUUUUUGAGUUCAGAGAUUUAGUUAUAGCUUUUGUAACAUAAACAGUAGCUUUCCACCUCACACCACAACAAACCCCCCCCCCACCCAAAAAAAAAAAAUAAUAAUAAUACAUAAAAAAAAAGCUUGAUGAUGUACUUUUGUGUUCAUGGCUUUCUCCAGGUAUGUUAUUCAUUUGAUUAAUCUCAAAGAUCUCUUAAUGGUGCA